CUGCGGAGCGAGGAACCGCCUCGUCGCGUAACAAGCCUGCUGUGCUCAUGCUCGCCGCGUCCUUAUCGCGGCCGUGCAGAUGUUUACAAAUGUAGGAUCCGGAUCAGCUGAGUCCCCUCUGCGGUUCUACAACAAAAUAAAAGCUCCAAGGACAGCCGAUGCGCCGCACUUCAAAAGAAAGGCCCGUGGCAUAGUGCAGCGCACGUCUCUUGUCGUCAUGGAUUAUGGAGCGCAAAGGAACGGAGGGGUCUCGAGACGUCAUAUCAGAUUGAUUACUCGGACCAAUCAGCUGUUAACUUGACGCUAGAAUUUAGCAACGUUCCAUGUGUGAUAAGGAAUGUCUUUUUCUGCACGGUCUCAUAUCUCUAUAGUGCACAGUAACAGAAGCGCCCUGGUUAUCCAGUCCUGGAACAGCACAGCCCAGUCCAAGAGUCACCAGAAAAAGUUAUACGAAAGUGGUUUAUUAUGGUGGAAGAUAUGACAACUCCUUUGCUCUCAGACUCUGAAGCCCCUGCUGAUGCCCUACCUGUAGGUCUAACUAGCCCUACAGUGGCCAUACUCGGUUCUGGAGACUUCUCUCGGUCACUGGCUGUGCGGCUGGUAGCUUCUGGUGUGCAAGUUGUGGUUGGGAGUCGCUGUGUGAACCGCAUCCCAUCAGGACUGUUCCCUGAGGCAGUGGAGUUGAGGAACCAGGAGGGGGCAGUAUCACAAGAGGUGUGCCUGGUAUUUAUGGCCUUGUUCCCCGAGCAUUACUGCUCCUUGCUGGGGCUACAGUCUGCACUGGCAGGGAAGGUGCUUGUGGAUGUAAGUAACGGCACAGAAAUGAAUAUCCAUGGGCCGUCCAAUGCGGAACGACUAGCUGACCUGUUUCCAGACAGUCUAGUGGUCAAAGGUUUUAACACGGUUUCAACAUGGGAGCUGCAGACUGGGGCUCAUGAUGGAAGCAGACAGGUCAUGAUCUGCAGUAACAGUACAGAGGGGAAGAAGAAAGUUGUACAGUUGGCUCGGCAGAUGGGGUUCCACCCGGUGGAUAUGGGUGGCUUGUCUGCUGCUCGAGAAAUUGAGGUAGCCCCAUUGCGCCUAUUCCCAUCUUGGAGUGGCCCGGUUGUCAUCACCUUCCUCCUUUUUCUCUUCUUCUACGGCUACGGUUUCCUGCGGGGAAUUUUGCUGCCAUUUCUUGCACAAGGACACAAUGCUUUCUACCGUCUCGCCCUUGACCUGGUGAACGAGAGCCUGCCAGCAGUAGCCUUGGUGACCCUGGCACUCGUAUACUUCCCAGGAUUGUUUGCUGCAUGGUUGCAGCUCUGGAGGGGCACCAAGUACCGGCGUUUCCCAUCCUGGUUGGACAACUGGUUGCAGCGGAGGAAACAACUGGGCCUAUUAAGCUUCCUUUGUGCAGCGUUGCAUGGUGUCUACAGCCUUUGCCUGCCACUGCGCAGAAUUACACUGCUCAGGCUUGUCAAUACUGCCUACAAACAGGUUAAAGCAGGUACAGAGGAGCCCUGGGAUGAGCUGGGUGUUUGGCGAUCUGACUUGUACAUUUCUUGUGGAGUGUUGGGUCUUGGUGUCCUCUCUUUACUGGCCAUCACUUCCCUUCCCACAGUGGGCAACACUCUCAACUGGAGAGAGUUUACGUUUGUACAGUCUGGUUUGGGCUACAUUGCUCUGACUCUGUCCAUCAUGCACACGCUCUUCUUUGGCUGGGAUUUUGCCUUCCACAUUGAGGCAUAUUCAUUCUACAUGCCGCCAAGCUACUUAUUGGCUGUCGUUCUACCCUGCAUUGUUCUGGUGUCCCGUUGCUUCCUGCUUCUGCCAUGCAUCUUCACCAGACUGACACGAAUCCGCAGAGGAUGGGAGAGUAAACGCAACUGUCCAGUUUUACAGCACCACCAUGUGGUGCCUAAUGGAAUACCAUAGAGGUCUGGGAAAGAAUACAAGAACACAUGCAUUUAAAAACUUUUGUAAUUAAGGACUUGUAUAAAAUGAAGUAUUAAGCAGAUAUACAGUUGGUCAACACAUUACAGACAAUAUGCACUUUGGCCAAGUGGAAAAUGUUAAAAAGGUAUUCUAAGACUGGUCAAAUUCUGACUAGUUUAAGUCGGCCUCAUCGAAAAUGGGAACAAUAAUAUGAUGGUACUUUCAUACUGGCAAAUUGGUCUCAUCAUCGUAAGGCUAAAAGUAAAGACAGAUAUGAUAAGGUACAUUUUUACAUUCAAGUUGAGUAUUCUGAGUGGAUGUUAGUGUUAUUAGGUGCAGUGUGUAUCAGCUGUGAUCUCUCAGAAGCACAAAGACUACAGCUCUGCUCACACGCACACAGUACUUCAGGACCUUCAGCUCUCUAUUUCUGCACCCUAGAAUAUAAAAGCCAUCAUCAGUGUUUUGUUUUGAUAUUUGAGUCUUACAACUAUGCAUAGACUCAAAACUCAGGUCUAUACCACACAGUUUUAGCUUCAGAGAAAAGACUGAAAUACUUUGUACCGAGGUAUUGUAGCCUUCAGUAACUCCUGACUUAACUUUUCCAACUCUCUCUAUGCACCGAAAGAACUUAACACAUGCUUAAUGUUAUUAUUAUAAGUCAGUACCUCACAUGAUUGUCCUGAGGGCCAGUUACUGUGUAAACUCAAUUUGCAAACUCCAUCUGUAACAGGAAGGCCAACAUUAUACUGAGCAUCAAUAAUGACCAUACCAUGACUGCAUGUGCACAAAAAAAAAAAAACGCAUUAAGUAUUAAUACAUUUUUAGUUGUA